UCAAAUUCUAUUUUGUACUAAGGAAUUAUGGGGUUAUCCUUAUACUUCUUUGCAUUUGUGCACAUAGUUUUUUGUUUCUUAUUGUUUCAUCUUAUAGCUGUUACUGCUUCUAUUCAGCCACUUUGCCAUGAUGAUGAGCGUUCUGCCUUGUUGCAAUUCAAGGACAGCCUUACCUUGAAUAAGUCUGCUUCAAUUGAUCCUUCUGCUUAUCCCAAGACGGCAUCGUGGAAGCUGGAAAAGGAAAAUGGCGACUGCUGCUCAUGGGACGGCAUCAAGUGCAAUGAGGACACCGGUCAUGUCUUCAGCCUUGACCUUGCUAGUAGUUUCCUCUAUGGUUCUAUCCACUCCGACAGCACCCUCUUCCAACUUGUCCAUCUUGAAUGGCUUAGCCUUGCCGAUAAUCACUUUAAUCACUCAAAAAUCCCUUCUGAAAUCUUGAAUCUUUCAAGGUUAUCACAUCUAAACCUCUCUCUUUCCGCCCUUUCUGGUAAUGUAUUAUCCCAUAUCCCACAGCUCUCCAAGUUGGUGUUACUUAAUCUGUCAAAUAAUUCUUUUUCAGGAACAAUUCCGUCUUCAAUUGGUAACCUUACCAAGCUCCUCUAUCUUGACCUUUCUGUUAAUAAUUUUUUUGGCGAGUUGCCUGCUUCCUUGGGAAGUAUUGGUGUUUUGGAACAACUGGAUGUUAACACCAACAAUUUCUCAGGCCAAGUUCCAUCUUCACUUGGUAAUCUUACCCAACUAAAAUGCCUGGCACUUUCGCAAAACAAUUUUUCGGUCCAACAUUCUCGUUCAAUGUCAUUUUUGGCUAGGCAGACCAAACUUGCUUGGCUAGACCUGCAAGAUAUCAACUUAAUCGGUGAAAUUCCCUCUUGGCUCAUGAACCUAUCACAAAUUACAUACCUGUUUUUUGAUAACAACAAAUUAACAGGUCCAAUCCCUUAUUGGCUUGGGAACCUGAACCAGUUGGCACUUCUAUCUCUCAAGUCUAAUCAAAUAACUGGUCAUAUCCCAUCUCAAAUUUGGAACCUAACCCAUUUGACUGUUCUGGAUCUUUCGUCAAAUAAGUUGCAAGGCCCGAUUGCUAGCUCUAUCUCUGAACUCACGAAUCUUGAAUAUCUUGACCUUAGUUCAAAUAAUUUGAGUGGUAAAGUGGAGCUAGAAAUGCUUCUUACUAAACUCAAAAGUUUAACAGUGCUUUUCCUAUCCUCAAACAAUUUGUCAUUGCACACAUCAACCUCUGUCACUGUUCUUCCGAAAUUGGUGUUCAUAGGAUUGGGUUCUUGCAAUCUUAACAAAUUCCCGAACUUCCUGCAAAGCCAAGAUCAAUUGGAGCUGUUAGACCUUUCAUCCAACAACAUAGCUGGCCAAAUACCUAAAUGGUUGUUAAAUGUAAGCACAGGUAGUUUGGAAUACUUGAACGUUUCUUACAACCUUUUAACAGGGUUUGACCAACAUCCUGUUGUUCUUCCAUGGAUUCGUCUAUCCAUUUUAGACCUUAGGUUCAAUAAGCUGCAAGGACCACUUCCAAUUCCACCGGUGUCUACCAGUCACUAUCUGCUUUCAAGCAACAGGCUGACAGGAGAAAUUUCACCAUGGAUAUGCAAGUUGAAUAAUCUUUAUUCUCUUGAUUUGUCCACCAAUGACUUAAGUGGCAUGCUUCCAGAAUGUUUGGGCAAUUUCAGUUUUCUCCUAUCGAUAUUAAACUUACAAGGUAACAAAUUUCAUGGAAUCAUUCCCCAAACAUUCGUGAGUGCAGCAAAUCUUAGGAUGAUUGAUCUUAGCCACAAUCUAUUGCAAGGGAGAAUUCCAAGAUCAUUGGCUAAUUGUGAAUUGCUAGAAUUUCUUGAUCUUGGAAAUAACCAAAUCACUGAUAUUUUUCCAUCUUGGCUAGAAACUCUUCCAGAGUUAAAGGUUCUCAUUUUGCAAUCCAACAGAUUUCAUGGAGUAAUAGGGGAGCCUGAAACACAUUUUGCGUUCCCCAAACUACACAUCAUUGAUCUCUCUCACAACAGAUUUACAGGUAAGCUCCCGUCGAAAUACUUCCAUUGUUGGAAUGCCAUAGCAAUUGUCAAUGCUAGUCAGCUGACAUACAUGCAAGACCGACCACGGCAAAGUUUAUACUUCAGAUUACCCAGUGAUUCUCCCACUUAUAAUCACUCAUUAAGAUAUAUUUAUGAUUUCUCCAUAACAAUUACGAACAAAGGUAUAGAGAUGGAAUAUAGGAAGGUCUCAAAUAUCCUCAAAAGCAUCAUUCUCUCCAACAACAGAUUUGAAGGAGAGAUUCCAGCAGCCAUUACCUUCUUAAAGGGGCUUAAUUGUCUCAACCUUUCCAACAAUAAUCUCCAAGGAGGGAUUCCAUCAUCUCUGGGCAACCUAACUGCACUAGAGUCGUUGGAUCUCUCCAAUAACAUGCUCUCAGGAGAGAUUCCUCAACAACUAGCAGAGCUCACGUUCCUAUCAUACUUCAACAUUUCACACAACCAUCUCUCAGGACCUAUACCAAUAGGAAAACAGUUUGAUACGUUUGAGAAUAGUUCUUUUGAUGGGAAUCCGGGAUUAUGUGGAAAACCUUUGUCAAAAAAAUGUGAGAGUUCCGAGACCUCUUUGAAUGAAGAUGAUCAAGAUUCUGAGUCUCCAAUUCAGUUUGGUUGGAAAAUAGUUGUGAUAGGGUAUGCAAGUGGUUUUAUAAUUGGAAUGAUGGUUGGGCAGAUAUUCACCAAAAGAAAACAUGAAUGGCUUGCGAAGACUUUUGGGGUGCAGCUGAAAAGAAGUAAGAGGCAGAGAAGACAGAGAAACUGAAUGUAAUUUGCUUUAUUUCUUCGAAUAAUGAGUUAUUAAAUGUAGUCACGAGCAUCAUGUACUUUAUAAUUUGAAGAGCUUAAUAAUUAUGAAUAAAUGCAAU